AUCACCUGCAUAGGAAUAUAGAAAAUAUGGCUUCUGUGAUAAUGAUUUUACUGCUUGCAGUACCGGCACUGUGUGACCCAGUUUCUAUAUAUCCAGAGCACGAAGUCGACGAUGAAAUACAGUAUCUGGGUUGCUUUAGGGAGUCCCGUAACCCUGUUCUUGCACUGCCAGUGCAUCACGGAAGUUUGGGUGGAUGCAUUUACGAAAGAUUUAUUCAGUGCAGAAACACGGUUAUAAAUCAUGGCCACGAUGUCUUCGGGUUUAAAAGAGAUGAUAAAUGCUUUUCUGGUGACACUGCCGCUGAUACGUAUGACAUGUUUGGGUAUUCGAAUAACUGCGACUAUGAUGCAGAGGCACCGUGUAGUUCCAAUGCUCGAGAUGUGUUUGCCAAUGUGUAUAAGACCACGUCAUGCCAAAAAGAGAUGUUCGAAAUCUUCUGCAAUAAUGGUGGCACUAUUCAGAUUGUCGAUGGAUUCUAUGGACGCAACGGGGCUGGAGUGUGUGGUGAUGAUGCUGAAGAGGGGGAAACUUGCCAAUCUGACGUCACGAAUAUACUGAAGAAGUUAUGCGACGGCGAGACCUAUUGCACGAAGAACACCGUUUUCAGUGUGUUUGGUGAUCCCUGCAACCACCAACCAAAACACCUUGACAUUCGUUAUUACUGUGGUCACCGUAAUCUUCCGCCAUUGGAUCUAGGAAAUGGAGGUGAUGAUGAUGAUGAAGAUUCCGAGACAGAAGGUGAUUUAAUUCGUCUUGGAUGUUUCCGUGAUGUACAAAUAGGGGACGGCAGGGCUCUUCCUGAAGCAAUGGGCGAACUAAAUGGCGAAUGCUCGUCAAUUUUAGAAAUGUGUGCAGACCUUGCUGUGCAUUAUGAUGUAUUCGGAAUAAGGCCUGCAAUAGAUAGCACGCCGGCAAAAUGUUUCUCUGGUGACGACGCGGGUGAUGAAUAUGACAUUUACGGUGUUAAAGACGAGUGUGAAGGGUGGAAUGCUCGAGAAGUAUAUGCGUACGUCAAGAGAAGUGUAACAUGCCAAAAAGAAAUGAUGGAACUAUCCUGCGACUCUGGCGAAAUUCGCAUUCUCGCAGCAUAUUACGGAUGGGGAGGUCUUCUUGACGUGUGUGGUAACGAAGUUGAUGCGGAAUCACCGUGUGUGGAAGACGUCAAGGAGAUAGUACAAGGGAUAUGCGAGGGCAAAACGUCAUGUCGUAAAAACACCGUCAUGAGUGUGUAUGGUAAUCCCUGUCCGGACGAUAGAGCCAAACAUCUGGUCGUCACCUAUUAUUGUGGACACCCAAGACUACCAUUAUUAGCAUAAUAUGACGUAGUUACACUUCGGAUGUGUACUCAGAAGACAUUAUUACCCUCCCAAUAGAAAUGGUACAUCGAAGACAAAGUUGUUUAGUUAUAAAUAUUGGAAAUGCUACAGGAACUCAGCGAUGACAUAGUGAAUUACAUAUUCGCUUAAAUUCAUUGGAUACUGUACUUCGCCAAAAUACUUCAUUCAAUCAGUAGUUACUUGAAUGACUUAAUGUACAUGUUUUGAUGUAGUAAAUAAAGUUGAACAUUGCCAGGCAA